AUGGCAACGUACUCUGUUCAACGGGAGAGCCACCGCAUCCUAGAGGAGCAUCUGCUCAUCAAUAGCCAGCUGUCUCUGCCUAAGGAAUUCGUGGAAGCAGCCAAACAUGUAAAAAUUACAGGCAGCGACUCAAAUCCGUUCAUUCCGACACCAUGCAAAAUCACGGAGUCUGCAUCUGCGUUGUCUGCUCUUGCAGCGGCUGCAGGGAGCGCAAUCAGCGCAGAUCGCUACGAUAUUGAAUACCAAAACGCCGAGGUUGAUACGGACCUCGCCACUCUUUUCCUAGAGUCGAUUGUGCUUCCCACGAUCAAUGGCGAGCCAGCCUUACAAAAUGGUCCACUGAUGGCUGAGCUAAAGAAGGGUGACUUGUAUAACAUGUCGAAGGCAAUCCACCAGCAAGCAACGAACGUUUACCAAACCAAAGAUGGCAAAUGGUACCAUCUGCAUGGCUCUAUGAACGCGACCGCUACGAUGGGUAUGGUUGGUGUUGAAGAGCAAGACGUUACUCGCGAGGAGGCCAUCAAGAUUUUCAGUGAUAAAGUAGCACAGUAUGACGCGACAUACUUGGAAAGGACGGCGAACGAAGACCUUAGGCAAGCAGGGGUGACAUGUUUGACACCCGAAGAGUUCUUUGCCUCGGAACACGGGAAAAUCAUGUCUGGUGAACCACUUUGGACAAUGAGGCCAAUUGCCGCAUCACGAAGUACUUGGCCACAACAAAAGUCGAACAAACUCAAGCCACUGGAGGGUAUACGUGUCAUUGACUUCUCUCGUGUUAUAGCUGCUCCUGUAAUCUCUAAAAUCCUGGCAGUUCUUGGUGCCGACGUCAUCAAAGUGUCGAAUCAGAACCUACCGGACGUCAGUGGCACGUGGGUUGACCUGAGCGCGGGAAAGAAGGAUACAAACAUCGAUUUGAAGACAGCGGAGGGGAAAAAGGCUUUUGAAGCGCUUGUUGAAGGCGCCGACGUUCUGAUCGACGGCUACCGCCCUGGCGUGUUGAGUAAACAUGGCUUCAAUUCCGAGUCAUUGCGUCAAAUCAACCAGAAACUAGUAUACGUCCGCGAGAACUGUUACGGCUUUAAAGGGCCGCUGGCAUAUAGGUCUGGCUGGCAGCAGAUCAGCGACUGCUUGGUGGGCAUAUCAUGGCUACAAGGCAAAUUUCUGGGAUUAAACGAGCCUGUAGUGCCUUUACUUCCCAAUUCGGACUAUCAAACAGGUCUCGUCGGCGCAAUCGCAGUCAUGCAAGCCCUUUUCCAACGGACAAAGCUAGAUACCACAUACGACAUUGAUGUCAGCCUCACGCAGUAUAAUAUCUGGUAUUACCGACUCGGUCAGUACAACGCAGAACAAAGCAAGGCGCUUUUGGCACGAAAUGAAGGGUUUCAUGUGCGGCAUUACGAUGAAAUGUUUUCUUUGGUGCGGAAAACACAUGCGGCCAUCUGCAAGGCUCGGCCGGAAUUACUCAAACGGCCAGAAUACUUUGUCAAGAUGCCAGGCAAGGAGUGGGGAGUAGAUGAAGACAUUCUCAUCUUGGCACCACCGUUUAAACUUGAGAAAUCUGUUCUCGAGUAUGCAGUGCCUUCUGGGUCUAGGGGAAGAUCCAGCCCGGCGUGGGCAACAUAA